AUGGCUGCGGUGGUGCAGGCCAAUGCGCCGCCGCCGCCGCCGUCGCUCUCGCCGGUCACCGAAGACUCAAAGGUGUACCUCGGCACCUGGAUCGGGCUCAUGGCUGCGGUGGUCUUUGUGGGUCUGCUUGCUUUGUUCGUGCUGUGGAACGGGUGCUGCCGCAUCAUCCCCAAGCGAGUCGAGGUCAAGAAGCGCAAGGAGGAGGAGGAGGUCCUCAUACGCCGACGGCAUGCACCACACCCCGCACCAUGGCGCCGAACGGGCGCAUCUCUCCAUCGAUACUGA